AUGGCUCCUCAGAACUUACUGCCUCAUGCCCUCCAAACGCCUGCCAUUAAAAAGCUCGCUGGAAAGCGGAUCGUCCUUGCUUCAGCGAGUCCGCGGAGGAAAGAUAUACUAGAAACUCAUGGCUUAGCUCCCGAUAUUAUUCCCUCUACAUUCGGAGAAAACCUCCCAGUUGGUUCUUUUGAAGACAUCCACGAGUAUCCAGUAGCAACUGCCAACCAUAAGGCCGUUGAAGUUUAUGAACGACUUGUGAGAGAAGAUCCGGAGAAUGCUCCUGACCUUGUUAUCGCCGCCGACACGGUAGUGCUCACUCAUUCUCCGCCGUCAACAUCCCAAACAGGCUUCGAUUCGCUACCAGGUGUGAUUCAGGAACUGCUGGAGAAGCCUGAAUCGAAGGAGGAUAACAUGCGGAUGUUGUUGGACCUGAAUGGUGGAAUCUGCGAGGUUGUCACUGGCCUUGUCGUCGUCUAUCCUAUUUUGACUGCUCCGGGUUACAUGACGAGAUCACUAGACGAGCGCUCUUUGGUUUACUUCGCGGACAACCCUCGAGAACUGUUGGAAGCAUAUGUGGAAAGCGGAGAGGGUCGAUUUCUGGCUGGUGGGUUUGCGAUCCAAGGACGAGGCGGCGCCCUGAUUCGCAAGGUCGAUGGCGAUUACAAUAACGUCGUUGGGUUUCCAGCGGCAUCGUUCUUCAGGCUGCUUGACCUGCUCAUCGACGAAGAUGAAGACUUCCUAAGUUUCUAA